AUGUCUGUGUCAGGUCCUUUGCAAGAGCCGGGGUCCGGAGAGAUCACAAACUUUGGCUUGUACACACAUUACUAUGAUAUUCGUGAAUGGAUUAUUAUGGCUUUGUUAAAAAUUAGAAAAGUGGACUCUGAAAACCGCAUCUUUCGAGAUGAGUGGACUGAAGCGUACGCGUUCAUUUUGCCGUCAUCGAGCUCUACGAGGCCCGUGUGUCUUAUUUGUUCGGAGUCUGUUGCUGUUGUUAAAAGUGGAAACAUCAAGCGGCAUUUCGAGACAAGACACAAAACUUUCAAUGAAAAUGACCCACCAGGAUCACCCGCGAGGACGAGGAAAAUUUGUGAACUGAAAGGACAGUAUGAGCGUGCAACACGGGUGAUAACACAGUCCAUUACAGCACAGCAACGAGCCUACGAGUGCUCACUUCGAGUACAGUGGAUUUUGGGCAAACAUAAAAAGCCUUUUACUGACUCCGGAAUGGUGAAAGAAUGUAUGGAGGCGUUGGCAGACACGCUGUUUGAGGGUAAAGAAGGACAGCAGCUAAAACAAAAGGUUCGUCAGAUUCCUUUAUCAUCCACAACAACAACAAGAAGAGCUGAGCUACUGUCGGAAGAUGUGCAGUCCCAGCUUGACAGCGCCAUCCAAAGUGCCCCGUGCAUUGCGUUAGCUGCUGAUGAAUCAACUGACGUAAGUGACAACGCUCAGCUCUUGGUGUAUGUCCGAUUCUAUCAUGAGGAGACUAAAACAUUUGUAGAGGACAUUUUAGGCGUCACAGCUUUAAAAACGCACACCAGGGGAGAGGACAUAUAUUUGGCCAUAAAGGAAAUGCUGACACAGAGGAGAAUCGAUGUAAAAAAUGUUGUCUCCAUCACCACUGAUGGGGCACCGUCUAUGAUGGGAAGAGAAAAAGGUGCAGUCAGUCGACUGAAAGAGGACAACCCAGAGCUCUUGUCAUAUCACUGCAUUAUCCACAUGUCUGUUCUCUGCUCCACACUUUCAGAGCACCACGCAGAAGUUAUGAACACCAUCACCAAACUAGUUAACUUUCUCAGGGCUUCAUCAGCUCACCAGCAUCGUCUGCUCAGGGAGUUUUUAGCAGAAGUAGAUGCUCCUGCCAAUGACCUGCUCUUGCACUCCAAUGUCAGAUGGUUGAAAGAGGAAAGUAACAUGGACACACUGGCCUUUCUGGUUGACAUCACAGGGCAUUUAAAUGACCUCAAUCUGAAGCUUCAAGGGAAAGACAAUUCUGUGUGUGACUUGGUGGCUGCAGUCCAGUCUUUUCAGAGGAAACUGGACAUUCUGAAAAUGGAUCUUGAGCAGGACUGUACACAUUUUCCUUCAAUGAAGGAGAUACAGGAGAUCAAUGUCACUGCUCAUUCUGACUUUAUCCAAAAGUUGAUUGAAAACUUUAAGGCUCGCUUUGAUGGCUUUGCAUUGGGAGAUCAGCUGAUGCUCUUUGUUAGGAGUCCAUUUUUUGUUAAGAAUGUUAUUUCUUUCUCAAAGGAGGCAGUACAUAUGUACAAGUGGGCUAAUGCACAGGCCCUUCAAAUGGAGCUAUUAGAUUUACAGGCUGAUGUAGUGUUAAGAGAGCAAUGUGAAUCCUCUGACCCUGUCACAUUUUGGCUGCAGACUGUGCCAAAGGCAAAGUUUCCUGUACUUAACAAAGUGGCAGUGUACACAUUAACAAUGUUUGGCUCUACCUAUAGCUGCGAGUCAGCCUUCUCUACGCUGACCAUGUGCAUGGAUGUCUGA